UUAGCUGGCCAUCGCAAUUCGACCUGGCGUAAUAUCUUUGUCCAACAGCUGACGCUCAUACGAACACCGACAGGAGAAUGUAGAAAAUGCGAUCGCGAUUGAUCUACGGAGGGAUUCGAAUUGAAGGAACUGUGAUUAAAAACGAUUGAUACAUAUCAUUUUACUUUAGUGAAGAAAGUGUAUGUUAUACUUAACAGCCGAGGAUCUUAAAAGUAAUGAGGUGGACAGUUGUUUUGAAAUUUAAACUAAAUGUUUUCAUGAACGUAACAUAACUAAGAAAAUGCAGGAUAUAGUCUUAAGAAAUUAUUCGUCAGUGUCGCCAGAACGAUGCCAAUUAUCGUUCGACAACCAGACUAAAGUCGUGUGAAUAAUGAAGAACAACCUGGCGCCUGAUUUCACGACGGACAACGAGAUAUACAAAGACGUCGUCAUUGUAGGAAAUGGCCCAUCGGCUAUGGCACUUUCAUUUCUACUGUCAGGAAACUUACCAUAUUACACUGGUGGAGAGCAUCCAGAUGAAAUGUUAACAGCUCGGCUGAGGGUUACGUCACUUGAUGUGUCACUGUUGGAUCAAGAUUUGGAAUUCCUGUCUCAGGGACUAGAGGGACGGUCACAAAACCCUGUUGCAGUGUUGAUGGAUAGCCUGGCUCGACCAGGAGCUGACGUUGGCUUGGAGAUAGAUCCUUUGAUACAAUACAGACGUGCACCAACAGGACGGCAGUUACCCUCUUACAUUGUACUGGGACGUGGGCCUCCAGGUGGUGUAUGGCGACGCGUUGAUGGACAAGUGCUAGCACUCUCUCCAGCUUCUUGGAUGUCAUUGCCAGGAGUUCCCCUGGAAGGGAGUGGGCGUCCUCCUGCAGGAAGGGUUGCACAGUAUCUUGCUGCAUAUCCUUCUAUAACAGGAAUCAGUGACAAUUUCCACUCAGGAGUAGAUGUAACACACAUCUCUCCUCCUCCUGUUGCUGAUAGUUCUGACAAGCUGUGGAGGGUGGAAGCAACUGAUGGUCGUGCAAUAUUUAAUUACAAAUGCAGGACAGUGGUCCUGGCAACUGGAGCACAUGAUGUACCUAAUCAAUUGGGAGUGCCUGGUGAAGACAGCUUGCGAUGGGUUUUCCAUGAUGCUGCCUCCUUGGAGCGAGCUCUUGACUGUCCUGGUAUGAUAGGCACUGGCGUAAACCCUGUGCUUAUCGUAGGUGCUGGGUUGAGUGCUGCUGAUGCUGUCAUAGCUGCCCGCUUCCGUUCUCUACCAGUCCUACACGUGUUUCGGAGGCGUCUUGAUGCACCUCUGUUUGAUCAUGUGCUGCCUGAGAAUGUCUAUCCUGAGUACCAUAAGGUACGUCAAAUGAUGGCUGAUGGAGGUCACUGUUAUCCUAGGUACCAGGCUCUGUCAGAUGCUGCUGUAUUGGAGUUCUCUGAGGAAGGGACAGGUUCACAGGCUGUUCGAUCAGUGCUUCUUCGUGGAGCAGACGGGAAAAGAGAGAGAGUCCAAGUGUGUGCUGCUGCUAUCCUGACUGGUGCUAGGCCUGAUCUCUCAUUUAUUCCUGAAGAGCUUGUGGCACAACUUACAAGUAAUUCAACAAAGCCAAUGGAUCCACGUCGUAAUCCAAUUGCUGUGGAUCCUUACACUCACAAAGUGCUCCAUGCUCCUUCAGGUCUUUACGCUUUAGGACCUCUUGUCGGUGACACCUUUGUGCGAUUUGCUGCUGCUGGAGCCCAUGCUGUUGCUGCAUCUCUGCUGGGUGACCUUACGUAACCAACAUCAGGGAUGAAACUUGGUUGACUUUCUUAUUGUGCUAUGAAAACACCAACAGCUGGGUAACUUGCCAGCUACUACAGUGGCAUCUGUGGAUCGCUGUAUAUAAAUUCAACAUGUCUGUGAUAUUAUUUUAUUAAUUUCCUGUUGUGUAUAAACUGACCCUUGAUGUGACAAUGGUAUUCUGAUCAGAUACUGAAUGAUUUUGUAAAUAUGUGUGUAGGAUAUAGUUUUUCGUAUUGUCAGUCCUAUGUUUACUGACUCUAAUAUUGAGUCCGAAAUCAGUAUAUUAAUGCAGCAAGCUGUAUUGGUGGGUGCUAUUUUUAUGUUCCAUGAUGCAUUGACGUCUAUUUAUUUAUUUUCAUAUCAUUUUUAAAAUAUAUAAACAGAAUUUUAUUUA